GAGACCCCGUGGCGCGUUGUUAUGAUCUAUCAUGGCGGAAUGUAGUGUUGUGGCUGCUUGUGGUUGCCUAUGUCAAUUUUGAAGUGAUACAAGCUCAGGGGGAAACGGGGUAGGAACGGCGGGAUGCGAGCCGACGACGACUACGUCACGGGUAUUCGCGCGAGAUAAAUCGUGUUCCUAUGAGCAGCCGCAUCGCGGAAGUAGCCUCCAUUUCUCGGACUCUCUACGUUCGUCGUCGCCGCCGCCGCGGGAAGAAUCGUACACAGCAACCAGAAUCGUGCACGUCGACUAUCAUCGGAGCACCGUCCUUUCGGAUAGAGUCGCGAGUAAGUCCACGAGGAGCCGUUCGAGAAGCGUCUCGUAUCGUACGCCGGUGCGUCCUCGAGUACGUCGCGAUCGCGACACGUGAGAGUGCGAGCGAGUAUACGUCGUCGCGCGGACGUUUCCCGCGCGCACUCGUCCCUCUCGGGGAAUUUUCUCUUAGCGGGCGCACCAGGAGCAUCGGGGAGCGGGCCAGGUUGCGUCCGGAGAAUUGUACGUCUCUCGUGCACGCUCCUCCACGUCGCGGUAGAUCCAUUCGACGAGCUGGAAAGGCUGGGGAAGUGCGGAACGACCAUUGCUCAUCGUCCUAUACUCCAAGUCUGAAAAAAAAACUAAUUAACGCAUUUCCUCGACCGAUCGGAGCCCCGGACUGGUGUAUGAAAUCUUGCCGGUUCUCCUUAUCCGUCACGCCAGAUUCCUGGACUGGAACUUCCUAGUCUCGCAUAGCGUACGCGUGUCUUUCGACAAAGGCAUUCAUAUACUGCUACCAAGUACAUUUUGUUUAUACCGUACUAUACAAUAUGAUGCAAUAACAAGAAACCUUGAUGGGAUGUACAAGGGCAUGUGGAAAUUUGACAUAUCUCGGUUUUUGUCAGUUCAUUGAUACCUUAUAAUAUCUGAAGAUUUUUUCCAUAGAGCGAUAAUUGUCUGCGAUAGCCAAACAUUGAGCUAAUUAUUUGGAAAGGCAUGCGGAAUAGUUGGUGAUAUUAAGGGAGAGAGUGCACUAAUUAGUUUUACAAUAUGACGGAUACACGUAGGAGAGUGAAAUUGUAUGCUCUUAACGCAGAUAGACAGUGGGAUGAUCGCGGUACAGGUCAUGUUUCCUCCUCCUAUGUAGAUAGAUUAAAGGGGAUUUCUCUUUUGGUUAGAGCGGAAAGCGAUGGCUCUGUCUUGCUGGAGAGUAGAAUACAACCUGAUACAGCAUAUCAGAAACAACAGGACACGUUAAUAGUAUGGUCUGAAGGAGAUAAUUUCGACUUAGCCCUAAGUUUUCAAGAAAAGGCUGGCUGUGACGAAAUAUGGGAAAAGAUAUGUCAAGUUCAGGGCAAGGAUCCAUCUGUAGAAAUUACACAAGACAUUGUAGAAGAAUCCGAAGAUGAACGGUUUGAUGAUAUGUCAGAUGCAGCACCACCUAUUGAAUUACCUCCGUGUGAACUUAGUCGAUUGGAAGAUAUUAAUGAGCUCAUAGAAAAUUGUUUAACAUCUCCGAUGAGAAAAGAAAAAUUAGCAGUGGCAUUAGAAUCUGAAGGUUAUAUUAAGAAAUUGCUAAAUCUUUUUCGUACUUGCGAAGAUUUGGAGAACAUUGAGGGAUUGCAUCAUCUUUAUGAUAUAUUCAAAAAUAUUUUCCUACUCAAUAAGAAUGCAUUGUUUGAAGUUAUGUUCAGCGAUGAUACGAUUUUUGAUGUUGUUGGAUGUUUGGAAUACGAGCCAACGUUAUCUCAGCCAAAGAGGCAUAGAGAAUACCUGCGACAGUUAGCCAGAUUUAAACAAGCAAUUCCUAUUACAAAUACCGAACUGUUAGCUAAGAUCCAUCAAACGUACAGAGUUCAAUACAUUCAAGAUGUAGUGCUGCCAACCCCGAGUGUAUUCGAAGAUAACAUGUUGAGUACGUUGAGUAGUUUUAUAUUCUUCAAUAAAGUUGAAAUAGUGACUUUGAUACAGGAUGAUGAGAAAUUUCUUACUGAACUUUUUCGUCAGUUAACGGACGAAGCGACUUUAGAUAGCAAGAGACGCGAUUUGGUUCUUUUUUUAAAAGAAUUUUGCAAUUUUUCGCAAAAUCUUCAGCCACAAGGAAAAGAAACGUUUUAUAAAACAUUAACAGCACUUGGUAUACUUCCCGCUUUAGAAAUCACUUUGGCGAUGAAUGAUGCGCAGACAAAAACGGCCAGUAUAGAUAUAUUGACUUAUAUCGUGGAAUAUUCUCCAAGUGUUGUACGAGAUUAUACAUUACAACAGAUAAGUAACAUAGAACAGGACCAAAUGUUAGUGAACGUAAUAGUUGCUCAACUUGUCGGAGAUAGCGAUCCUGAGUUGGGCGGUGCAGUCCAGUUGGCUGGUGUGCUACGUUUACUUCUGGAUCCGGAGAACAUGUUGGCUUCUGUUAACAAAUCAGAAAAGACUGAUUUCUUAAAUUACUUUUACAAGAAUAGUAUUGGUACUCUAAUAGCGCCUCUCCUAGCAAACACAAUCGGAGAACGACCUGCGAGAGAGGAUUAUAGAACAGUACAACUUUUGGGAUUGAUCUUAGAACUGUUAUCAUUCUGUGUGGAACAUCACACAUACCAUAUUAAGAACUGCAUAUUGAACAAAGAUUUACUUAGAAGAAUAUUGGUUUUAAUGAAGUCAACACACACAUUUUUAGUACUAUGUGCAUUAAGGUUUAUGAGGAAGAUUAUAGCUCUAAAGGACGAGUUUUAUAAUAGAUAUAUAAUUAAGGGUAAUUUAUUUGCCCCUGUAUUCGAUGCAUUUGUAAGAAACAAUGGUAGAUAUAAUCUUCUGGACUCUGCUAUAUUGGAAAUGUUUGAGUUUAUCAAAUUGGAGGAUAUCAAGUCACUAUGUUCACAUGUCGUUGAAAACUUCUCAAAGGAACUGGAAGCAAUUGAUUAUGUACAAACAUUUAAGGCAUUGAAGUUAAGGUACGAACAACAUCAAGACAAAUUGAAAGAUCGUGAUAGAGCCACAAUUGACAGUGUUCCAUCAAUUUUGCGGAAUAGUCGCUAUCGAAGAGAUCAGAGGCAGCUAGAUGAGGAGGAAGAACUAUGGUUUAACGAAGAAGAGGAGUAUGAUGAGGGUGAGGCGGUGGUACCCGCGAUAGCAGAAGAUGUUGUACCUGCGGUUUCUGCUAAGAAACAAUCGUCAUCUUCAAAUUUUGCACUUAAUUCCGCUCUUGCAGAUUCAAAGAGUCAUCAGCAGCAACAGCAACAGCAGUCUGUAUUAAACAACAAUACUUCUAAUAAUAACAUUACCUCGCAACAACCGCAAAUCAAUAAUAGUUCGUCAACAACGAAUGAAUCGCCAAUUGCUUCGGACAUAAAUCCUACUCCGGCUAUCGGGACUGUGGAAAAAACAGGAACUGCAUUAUUUAAAAAGGGAUUGGUUGAUUAUGAAGGAGAUUCAGAUGAGGACGAGGACGAUUCGGAGUCAAGUCCCUCCCCAAAACGACAACGAUUGUCAUAGUAGGCAAACUUGAAAAGAACAAGACAUUUGUGAUUUUUAAUUGCUAUUAUCAUUUCACGACCCUCCUACAUGUAAAAACAAAUCUAUCCCCUCAUUUUUGAAAACACAGAUUGAGCUCUUGGUAAGGAAUGGACACAACAAUAAGUGCUUUUAAAAGAGAUGUGUGGUGGGCACUCAUUCAUAACUCUGUCUGUGUUGACUUGUGUAUAGUAUGCAAAACAUAAAUAGGGUCUGAAUGAAAAGUGAGUAAAUUAUAUCGGUCAAAUGUCAGUAAAACAAAGAAAGAAUGAACUUUCUUUAAUGGAACGAGCAGUGGUUAGUAUUGUGGCAUAAUAUGAUGUAGCACGAUGUACUAUAUAAUGCGUAAAGAAAAGUUACAGAUAUUAAACGAAUCAUAGUCCAUUCCAUUUGUUUGGAAACACCUUGUGUGCACUAGGGAAAAUAAUCUCAUGGAUAAUUAUGAAUAAAGUAAGAAAAUUUGGCUACAAAUAGUCAAAUUUAACUGACUUAUAGAUAUAGGAGUUCUAAGCAUAUGCUUAGAUUCUCAGUAAUACUGCAAUGUCAUAGUUAAACUAUGAUUACAGUAAUUACAAUUAUCUGGUAAGUCUGUUAAAAAGGAACUUACAAUGUGUAUUGUAAGAUCAGAUUCGAAGGAGACAAAGAGUACAUAAUGUACCGCACAAGAACAACCGAGCGCUUUGUUUUGCCAUUUGUACGUUUCUUAUCGCCUAUUGUGCGAUAGAGAGACCUAUGCUUUGAGGGGAUCAGGCACUAUGAAACUUUAUCCAGUUCGACAGAAAUAGUAUUUAGUUUGUAUAUAUAUGUAUAUUUGUAAUGAUUGUAAAACACAAUCACACUUGGAUUAAACAGAAACACACAUAAUUUCUUUAAGAAAUCAGUUCCCUUUAAAAUACUUUCAAUAAGCUUUUCGGUUGUCAAUGUAAGUAGUAGUAACUGUAUAAUAAAUAUUUGAUUUAUGUAUA